UUAUAUAAAAUCAGUUUUCAAAAUGAAAACAUCUGUUAAAAAGUUUAAUUUUGUAGAUCUGUGAUAAUUAGUAAGUUAUUAAACAAAAUAUGUUAUGUCGUACAAUAUACCCGAAUUUAUUCUAUAUUCUUGUUUGCAGGAUUACAAUAUUUGCGGCGCCUUCAAAACCGAAAAAACCUUCUUAAAAACGGCGAGCUUUUACCCCGAGCCAACCAAUUGGCUGUCCAAAAUCUUCGGAUGGUUUAUAAUAUUGAUAUCGACCUUUGAACUAGAGUUCAUGUUGGCUUUCGUCAUGCGGCCAAACCAAAACCUGACCAAAAUUUCGGAAACAUUUUUAUUUUCGAUGACGCAAAUCGCUUUCCUGAGUAAACUGUUCAAUUUUAUACUAAAGAAGGGAAAUAUGGCACUUAUUGAACGGGCACUGCGCGAAGCUACGUUCGCCGCGGCCAGCGCGAUAGAGAUAAACGUCAUGGAAAGAUACGCAACGAAAAACCGAAUCGUAGCGAAAGUUUAUCGGACGCUUUGCAUGGGCUGCGUAUUACUUUACGGCAUAUUUCCUAUGAUCGACGCCAGAGGAAACGAAAACAAGAAAAUCUACCCGUUACCGGGACUGUUCCCCUUCGAUCCCGACAAUUACUACGUGGUCGUUUACUUGGUGGAAAUAACGAGCAUAGCGAUAGGAGCGUGGAUGAAUUCCACCAUCGACAUACUAUUUAUAAUAUUGGCCACCGUUGGAACCGCUCAGUUCGCCAUAUUGGGCGAUAGGAUACGUGCGGUUACGUCAGGGACAAAUUACAGGGACGGACUCGUUGAGCGACGACUGAAGCGUUGCGUCGCGCACCAUCACGAGCUCUUGAAGUUAGUCGAUUUGAUCGAGAAUACCUUCUCCAACGGUAUAUUCGUUCAGUUUUUUUGCAGCGUUGUGGUCAUUUGCCUCACGGGCUUUCAAAUGAUAGUGAUCUCUCUGCGAAGUACCCAAUUUCUAUCGCUGGUGGUGUAUUUCUCGACUAUGAUGUGUCAACUGAUCAUAUAUUGCUGGUACGGGCAGCUUUUAAUGGACAAGAGCAACGAAAUUACAAGGGCGUGUUACGAAGUCGUUUGGAACGAAACCGAUCUGGCAACUCAAAAGUUACUAUUGAUCAUAAUGGAAAGGGCCAAAAAAGUGUCCGCCCUGAGAGCUGCAAGGUUUUUCACUUUAAAACUGUCAACGCUGAUGAUGAUUUUGAGAUCGUCUUAUUCGUAUUUUGCGGUACUUCAAAGGCUGUACACCAAAAAUUAUUGAAUUGUUAUCGGCCCUUUAAUAUUUGACCGUUGAAUUCUUAGGCUGCUUUUAAAUAAAGUUGCGCAUAUAAACAAAUACAGAGGAUAUGGAUUUUUAUUUGAUUACCGAACUCCCGCUAGCAGAGAAUUAGAAGGAGGAAAUUUUUAGUACCUUACCACUGCAUUUAAUAUAAUUACUACAUUUCCAACUGCACAGUGUGUUCCAUUUGAAAACGCAACAUUUUGAAAAUUAUCCUGUACCUAAAAAUCCAACUAAAAAAUUCUGUUUGUGCUACCUUCAGUUUCAGGAAAAAGCCGCAACACGUUACCUUCAUUAAUAAGAAAGAUAAAAGUAAGCAGGACCAGUCAUUCAUAAAAUGCUUAAUUACUUUCUUCAUACCUUAGGAAAAUGCUUCGACGCUGGCUGCGUGAUUAUUAAGCUAAGUAAGAGUCGAUUAAUUUUGACAAAUAUGUUCAAAAAAAAUGUUUAAUGCCAAAACAGACAUAGAAACAAUGUCAACAAAAAUCAGCGGAACAUAACAAAAAAUACAAGUGGACAAAAACAAAAAAAAAUGGUAAUUCUUUUGAGUGUCGCGUGUCCCAAUGAUAUGCUUACCUCAGGGUAACUAAUUUUAACGCUGUUAUUUCGGGCCGUAUACAUAGUCUCCGAGGGUGCCUUCAAAAUUUUAGCAAGGGAAAAACAUUUAUAAAAUUAUUAAUGAUGUACAUUCUAAUGUUUUUGGUGGCCGAGGAAGAUUAAAGUAUUGAUUAUAAUUCAACCUUUAAUCCAACCAGCGAUUCGGCGGAUUGGAAAGGAAUCUUACCACAAUAAUAGACCAGAACCGCAGAAUGUUCAUAGUGCUUUUACAUUAUUUGCAGCGAUUUUUUGAAAACACCCUCGAUAAGCGUAUCGUCUUUUGAGAAUAUUUCUAUGAUCUUUCCACAGUGGAAUAAAAUCCUUUAUACAGUUUAACGGACGAAUGACGAUCAAGUAAACGAGUGUUUUUUGUCUGUGUAGUUUUUGAAUUAUCACUUAAUCGCGAGAGGUUUAUUUUCAAAAAGGCCGCCAUGUAGGUAAUUCAUAUUACAAAAAAGGGUAUCUCAAAAUAGUAUAAACUCUCUUUAAACAAUACGUACUCUACUAAAAGUUGAAGAAAUACAUACCACAAAAUUUACGUUUUUAUAGAUGCAAUUAUUUAUGAAAAUGCCAAAACCCUAUUACCUGCAAUUCUUCGAUAUAAUAGAAGCUCUCAAACAAUAUUUGAAAAAUUAUUUUAACAAUUUUUUCAACUCGUUUUUACUAUAAAGAGUAAAAUAAUGCACUUAAAACAUGUCGAAAAUUAGAAAAGAGUAUUGUCAUUCAUAAACUUUCAAAACGGGCAUAAAAAUUU